AUGAAGAUAAACAUUCAGCAUCUGAAGAACAAGUUUGUUGUCGAGGUGGACAACCUGGAUAUUACAAUAGAAGAGCUUAAGAAAAAACUUGAAGAGAACAUGGGGGAGUCUGUCCGAAUUCCUGCUGGAGAACAAACCUUGAUUUUUGAGCGCGAAAAGCUUGAGGAUGGAAAGAAACUCAGCGAUUAUGUAAAAGGAUCGACUGAGGAGAUAAAGUUAUUUGUUAUCAAGCAGCACAGGAAUCCAAAUCCCAUAUCAAAGCCGGGGAACAUUUAUCAAAAUGCAAGUAACCCAUCCGAUGCUCAGUCACAACCACAAGGAGGAAACCACUAUGGAGGACAUGGACAAUCAACACCUAAUCCAUAUACGGCCUUUGUACCUCCGUAUGGUGGAUAUGGAUCUCCCCAGCAGAUGUACGGCCAAAUGCCUUAUGGAUAUGGAUCUCCUCAUCAGAUGUACAGCCAAAUGCCUUAUGGAUAUGGAUCUCCUCAUCAGAUGUACAGCCAAAUGCCCUACGGAUACGGGUUCCCCCAAGGAAGUGGAUCUCCAGGACAAGGGGAUGGAUACAAUGAAGCAUUUUCAAAUGCAAUGAUGCAGCAGAUGGAGCAGAUGCUUAACAACCCAACCUUAUUGGAACAAGUGUUAAGUAUACAGAACCCAAACAUGACUCCUGAACAGAAGGAAGAGCAAAAGAAAAUGCUAAAAGAAGCCUUGAAUAUGAUGAAGGCCAAUCCAUCUCUGUUCCAACAGGCACUUACACCAGAAAGGUUGAAUUGGGCACUGAGCACAAUGAACGGCGGAGGAUAUGGAGGGAUGUUUCCAUCAUUUCCUCCAGGAAACAUGGGGAACUUCAACCAAAGAGAUCCACGUGCGCCAUGGAUGUAUGGAUACCCCCCUCCAGGAUACGGAAGCCCAAGACCAGACCCCCAAGCCGACGAACAAAUACAUCUGGUACAGCUAGAGCAACUCAAAGCAAUGGGGUUUGAAGACGAGGAAGCUGGAAAGGCCCUAAGGGAGGCGAAGGGUGAUAUAAACAAGGCCCUGGACAUUCUUCAUGAAAGUAAAAAAAAGAAGAGCCAAGAAAACGCUGAGCCCCCUUCGAAGAAUUAA